AUGCCCUAUGAGCCGUCUGUCAAUGGUGGCUCGGCGGCGGUAGACGAUGAUGAUGAUGGCAGAAAUGUCGAAAAGUGGUUGAAGACGUUGAGACUCUCGGCUCUAGAGGCUGAGCGACCUGCCCUGUUGCACGCCCUCGUCUUGCAUCUCAUCAAACACAAUCGGCAUCGAGCAGCGCUCGGCGAGCUAGAAACCUACUUGCCGUCGUAUCCGUACCUCGUGUCGGGCUCUCUGCACACCUACGCGGGCCUGUUGUGCUUCUACCUCGCUCAGCCCCCUGCGCAUCGAGUGAAUGCCGGCCAACAAGACGGUUCGGAAGCUGUCGACUUGAGCAUGAACGAAGACUCCUCCAAGACAAAUGUCGCUCUUCUCCGUCAAGCCAGAGGGUGGUUCGCAAAAGCCUCGACGAUCGACGAGGAAGACAAAGCGGCAUCGGCGUUCGUCCAAAUGAUCGACAAUCCCGAAAAUAGCGAGACUGGCUCAGACGAAGAAUCUAUAGGGGAGAGGAAAGAACUCGACGAUUCUGACUCCAGCUUGGCACAGACGUCUGACGAAUGA